AGACCAGGUUUAAAACCCUUCAAGAAAUCUUCUGUCCCAGGAGUUCUCAUCACCCAGUUUGUGGAUGAUAUUCCAGAAGGAUGCAGUACACCUGACUUUGAGCGGAAACCUGUCACUCUGACAUUGCAGGAAGGUAAAAAUGCCAUUUUCAGAGCUGUGGUGAAAGGUGACCCAACCCCUGACGUGAAAUGGACACGUAUGCAAGGAGGAAUGGAUGAUCCUGCCAAAUAUGAAACAUUCUUCAAUAACGUUACAAAUGAAUACAUUCUGCAGAUAAACAAACUCACCACAGCUGACAGUGAUUUGUAUCGUUGCAUUGCUGUGAAUGAAUAUGGGGAAGCUGCCUGCUCUGCUGGCCUCAGGAUCCUACAAGUUGGCUUUAAGAGGAAAGCAAAAUAUGUUCCUGUUCAUCCUGCUGAUGAGUUGAAGAAGAAGCUUCAGGAGUUCAGGAAGCUGCUGAGGAAGCGAGCCCCAGCACCAAAACCAAAACCCUUGGACAAAGAAGCAGUCUGGCAACUGUUGCUGCAUGCAGAUAGAAGAGAUUAUGAGAAAAUCUGUAUGAAAUAUGGGAUUGUUGACUUCCGUGGGAUGCUGAGGAAGCUGCAGGAGCUAAGGAAGGACAGAGAGAGUGAACAAGAAGAGCUAAUAGACAGCAUCAAAAACUUUCAACACAUCAAAGUCAACAAGGAUGGAAAAGCCACGUUCAGUCUGGAGAUGAACCUGAAAAACAGUAACAGCAAAGUUUCUCUGCUUAAGGAUGGUGAGAGGCUCAGAUAUGGAACGGGGGAUGAAUAUAGAAAGCACUGCCUGAGACGAAUUGGAAGGAAGUAUAAUUUCAUUAUCAACGAUGUGCAACCAGAAGAUGCAGGCGUGUAUGAAGUCAGAGUGGAGGAUGUACCUGUUUUCUCAACCGAACUGGACCCCGAAUCCAUUCCUGUGAGAUUUGAGCAGCCUCUCAGUGAUCUAAGUUGCCCUGAGGAAGAAAAUGCUGUCUUUGAGUGUGUCCUACGCACACCCUGCUACGAUGCGGUGUGGCUACACAAAACCCACCUCCUCGAGGCAAGUGAGAAGCACCAGAUCUCCGUAACACCUGAUGGCCUGACCCACCAGCUGACUAUCAAAAACGUUGUGCCCUCUGACAGUGGCAUGUACACGCUGGACACAGGACUCUGCUCCUCAAAUGCCUGGCUUAUUGUGGAGUAUGCCAAAGGAAAGAGGAGACAGGGUGAAGGAGGUGAGAGAGAGAAACCUGAGGGGAUGAAAGAAACAUUACCAGAUACGGAAAGGGCUAAGAAACUUCGACGCAGAGAAUAUGUUGGUGAUGAAGAUCAUCUUAUGGACACUGAUGUGCAAAAAGAUGGCUGGUACAGAAAUGGUCAAGGCAGGAGUCAAGGCCAAUCCGUUGAUGCUGAUGGAAGCCAUAGAUUUUUGGGAAAAGAGGGGCUACGCAAAGUCCACAAAAAUGAAAGGACAGGGUUUGGGCAGUUUUCUGGAGCAGACCUAGAUGGAGACUCAAUGACAGAAGAUGGUAGUAGUUUUGGAUUAAAAGGUUUAGGAGGCAAAAGUAGAUUAAGGCCUGUCCGUGGCAAGGAUUCUAUGACAGGCAGAGCAGAUGCUGGUGAUGAGUCAGGAGGAGCAGGUGAAUGGUAUUCUGUGGAUGGCAGAGAUGAUGGUGUGCUGGAUACUGUUAACGUUGACAUGGGUGAUGGAGAAGGUGUGGGCUCUUGGCAUGACCAAGAUGGUAAAUUAGGUGAUAUUAAUUACAGAGCUGGCUUUGGGGGUGUUGGGAGAUUAGGUGCUACUGAUGGAAGUUCUGUGUUAGAUGGACUCGAUCCUGAUUCAUCCAGAGUGGGAGAUGGAAUGAGGUCCCCAUAUAGCAAGGAUGGUCUGUCAGCUGUAGUUGAUAUGAAUGGAGCGAGUAUGAACAGAGAAGGACAAAAAGGGACUCCUUACAUUGAGGAGGGCAUGACCCUGCGUGCUAGUGCUCAUUUAACUCAGGCAGGAAGGUCUGGCUUGCUGUAUGGCCCAGGUGGUUUUCCGGCUGGAGAUGGGGCUAUGUCUGGUGCAGGUGGCAGUUCUAUAGGGGAAAUGGAGGUUUUGUAUGGAAAGGAUGGUUGCCCAGUUGGAGCAGGUGUUGCUGGUGCUGGUGUAGCUGGUGCAGGAGGAGUUGGAUCUCCAUAUGGAAAGGAUGGUCUCCCAGCUGGGACUGGUGUUGCUGGUGCUGGUGUAGCUGGUGCAGGAGGAGUUGGGUACCCGUAUGGAAAGGAUGGCUUUGCAGCUGGAUCAGGCUUUGGUGGUGCUGGAGUAGCUGGUGCAGGGGCAUUUGGGACUCCCUAUGGAAAGGAUGGUCUCCCAGCUGGGACUGGUGUUGCUGGUGCUGGUGUAGGGGGAGCUGGGUCUCCCUAUGGAAAGGAUGGUCUCCCAGCUGGGGCUGGUGUUGCUGGUGCUGGUGUAGCUGGUACAGGGGCAUUUGGGGCUCCUUAUGGAAAGGAUGGUGUUCCAGCUGGAGCAGGUGUUGGUGCUGAUGGUGUAGCUCAUGCAGGAGGAGUUGGGUACCCGUAUGGAAAGGAUGGCUUUGCAGCUGGAUCAGGCUUUGGUGGUGCUGGAGUAGCUGGUGCAGGGGCAUUUGGGACUCCCUAUGGAAAGGAUGGUCUCCCAGCUGGGGCUGGUGUUGGUGGUGCUGGUGUAGAGGGAGUUGGGUUUCCCUAUGGAAAGGAUGGUCUCCCUCAUGGAGCAGCCAUUGGUGGGGUUGCAGCUGGUGGUUUUGGAGGUGUUGGAACUCCGUAUGGAAAGGAUGGUCUCCCAGCUGGGUCAGGUGUUAGUGGUGCUGGUGUAGCUGGUACAGGGGCAUUUGGGGCUCCUUAUGGAAAGGAUGGUCUCCCAGCUGGGGCUGGUGAAGGGGGAAUUGGUUCACCUUAUGGAACAGACGGUCUUCCAGCUGGAACAGGUAUUGCUGGUGCUGGUGCUGGUGUAGGGGGAGUUGGAUCUCCCUAUGGAAAGGAUGGUCUCCCAGCUGGAGAAGGCUUCGUUGGUGCUGGUGUUGCUGGUAUGGGGGUAGCUGGGUCUCUGUAUGGAAAGGAUGGCCUUCCUGUUGGAGCAGGUAUUGGUGGGGCUACAGCUGGUGGUUUUGGAGGUGUUGGAUCUCCCUAUGGAAAGGAUGGUCUCCCAGCUGGAGCAGGUGUUGCUGGUGCUGGUGUUGCUGGUGCAGGAGUUGGGUCUCCUUAUGGAAAGGAUGGUCUCCCAGCUGGAGCUGGCAUUGGUGGGGCUGGUGUUGCUGGUGCAGGGGUAGCUGGGUCUCUGUACGGAAAGGAUGGCCUUCCUGUUGGAGCAGGUAUUGGUGGGGCUACAAUUGGUGGUUUUGGAGGUGUUGGGUCUCCCUAUGGAAAGGAUGGUGUUCCAGCUGGAGCAGGCAUUGGUGGUGCUGGUGUUGCUGGUGCUGGAGUUGCUGGUGCAGGAGGAGCUGGGUCUCUGUACGGAAAGGAUGGCCUUCCUGUUGGAGCUGGCAUUGGUGGGGCUGGUGUUGCUGGUUUUGGGGGAGUUGGAUCUCCCUAUGGAAAGGAUGGUCUCCCAGCUGGAGCUGGUGUUGCUGGUGCUGGUGUUGCUGGUGCAGGAGGAGUUGGGUCUCCAUAUGGUAAGGAUGGUCUCCCAGCUGGAGGAGGUUUUGUUGGAGCUGGUAUAGCUGGUGCAGGAGGAGCUGGGUCUCCGUAUGGAAAGGAUGGCCUUCCUGUUGGAGCAGGCGUUGGUGGGGCUGGUGUUGCUGGUUUUGGAGGUGUUGGAUCUCCCUAUGGAAAGGAUGGUCUCCCAGCUGGAGCAGGUGUUGGUGCUGAUGGUGUAGCUCAUGCAGGAGGAGUUGGGUACCCGUAUGGAAAGGAUGGUUUUCCAGCUGGAUCAGGCAUUGGUGGUGCUGGCGUAGCUGGUGCAGGGGCAUUUGGGACUCCCUAUGGAAAGGAUGGUCUCCCAGCUGGGGCUGACAUUGGUGGUGCUGGUUCAGGGACAGUUGGGUCUCUAUAUGGAAAGGAUGCUAUUCCAGCUGGAGCUGGCAUUGGUGGUGCCGGUGCUGGUGCAGGAGGAGUUGGGUUUCCAUAUGGACAGGAUGGUCUCCCAACUGGAGCCGGUGCUGGUGGUGCUGGUGUAGCUGGUGUAGGGGGUGUUGGGGCUCCUUAUGGAAAGGAUG